UUUAAUCCCUUUGAUCUUCGACGAGAUCAUUCACAUCAUGCACAUUGUUUUCUCUCGUCUAAAAUACUACCUCGACUGCUCCUACCAAUUCCUCCUCUUCAAUGCCCACCCCCUGUUCACCCACCUCUGCUACUUCAUCUCCAUCUCCUUCCUGGGCUUUAUGGCCCUCAGACACACCCCCCUAAAAGACCCUCACGGACGUGCUCCUCCUCCUCCUCACGACCUCGACCUCUUCUUCACCUCCGUCUCCGCCGCCACUGUCUCUAGCAUGUCCACCAUCGAAAUGGAGGUCUUCUCCAACUCUCAGCUCGUCGUCCUCACCGCCUUGAUGCUCAUAGGCGGCGAAGUUUUCACUUCCACCGCCGGACUCCACUUCAGUACGCGAAAACUUAAACGGCGACUGGUGGCCCGAGUCGAACCCGAUAAUCCCAAUCGACAACAAGUCGAGCUCUCCGACCUCGACCACCACCAUCAUCAUCUUGAAUCCGGUGGUACGAUGAAUCCGGGGCGGUUCUCCCACCCUGCAAGUAGUCCUACGGCAUCGAGGUACGAUGCGGCCAAGUGCUUGGUCAAUGUUCUAAUAGGCUACCUCCUUCUAAUACACUUAGCCGGCUCAAUAUCAAUCCUGGUCUACGUGACGUUGAUAUCGAUGAGCGCGAGGGAGGUGUUGAGGAAGAAAGAUAUAUGGGUCUCGACCUUCUCCGUCUUCGCCACCGUAUCUUCUUUCUCCAGCUGCGGCUUCAUCCCUACGAACGAGAACAUGAUGGCCUUCAAGAAGAACUCGGGCUUGCUGUUGUUGAUAGUCCCCCAGGUCCUAGCGGGCAACACCAUGUUCCCUCCCUUGUUGAGAUUUUGCAUAUGGGUGCUGAAGAGAUUGACGAAGAGAAGCGAGUACGAGUAUCUGUUGAGGAGCCCGAAGGGGGCCGGCACUGGAUACUAUCACCUGCUCCCUCUCCCGUCACACGCGCUCGCGUGCUGUGUGCCACCACGGUGCUGGUCCUCGUGGUGAUUCACGGUCGUCGUCAUCUGCUCCUUGGCAAUGGCAUCUCGCAACCUGCGGGUUUUGGGGAUGAGUUCCUGUGAGAACCUGGUCUCCGCGUUGUUUCUGUCGGUGAACUCGAGGCACACCGUGGAAUGUGUCGAUCUCUCUUCGUUGUCGCAGGCGUCUUGCCUCUUUGUCGUCAUGAUGUAUCUUCCUCCUUACACAACAUUUACACCCUUAGAAGAAGACGAGAGCUGCGCGCCGAGCACUGCUGUCACCGGAAACAAGAAGAGCAUUGGUCUGGUGAAGAGUCUCGUCAUGUCACAACUCUCAUACUUGGCCAUCUUUGUCAUUCUCAUUUGCGUUACUGAAAGGAAAAAGCUUUCUGAAGACCCACUAAACUUCAAUGUCUUCAACAUAGUCCUCGAAGUGAUCAGCGCGUACGGAAAUGUGGGAUUCUCAACUGGCUAUAGCUGUGCACGUCAGCUGAAGCCUGACGGGAAUUGCAGAGAUGCGUGGAUCGGGUUUGUGGGGAAGUGGAGCAAACAGGGGAAAGUGAUCCUCAUCGUCGUCAUGUUUUUUGGGAGGCUAAAAAAGUUCAGCAUGCACGGUGGUAAAGCUUGGAAGCUGGGUUGAAGCACAGCGCGCGAUUAAUGCUCGAUCGCCACAUU